GGGUGGGGUGGGGGGUUACUUAUUUUAGUCUCAUUAUUUUAAAACAGAAAGCUUUAAUUCAACACUGGAAAUGUUUUUGUUGUCAACCUAGCUAUCGCUGAUUUGAUCAUAGCUAUCUACCCCUAUCCCCUGAUCUUGACAUCUAUCUUUCAUAAUGGCUGGAACCUUGGAUAUAUACACUGCCAACUCAGUGGAUUUUUUAUGGGCCUAAGUGUUAUUGGAUCCAUCUUCAACAUUACUGGAAUUGCCAUUAAUCGGUAUUGCUACAUCUGCCACAGCCUCAAGUACAACAGGUUGUACAGUGAAAAGAACUCUGUCUGCUAUGUCAUUCUAAUCUGGACCUUGACUUUGGUUGCCAUCGUGCCCAACCUUUUUGUUGGAUCCCUUCAGUAUGAUGCCAGGAUUUAUUCCUGUACUUUCUCCCAGUCAGUGAGCUCCACGUACACCAUAGCAGUGGUGCUUUUUCAUUUCAUGCUUCCAAUAACCAUAGUAACAUUUUGUUACCUGAGAAUCUGGAUCCUAGUUAUCCAAGUACGGAGAAGAGUUAAACCUGACUACAAACCUAAGCUAAAGCCACAUGACUUCAGGAACUUUAUCACCAUGUUUGUGGUCUUUGUACUGUUCGCAGUUUGCUGGGCUCCAUUAAAUGUCAUCGGCCUCACUGUGGCUAUCAGUCCAGAAACAAUCAUUCCCAAGAUUCCAGAAUGGUUGUUUGUUUCUAGCUACUACAUGGCGUACUUCAACAGUUGCCUUAAUGCUAUCAUUUAUGGACUUCUCAACCAGAACUUCCGACGAGAAUAUAAACGAAUACUUAGGACAAUUUGUACAAGAAAAGUUUUCUUCCAGGACAGUUCUAAUGAUGCUGCAGACAGGAUAAAAAGCAAGCCCUCGCCCCUGCUCACAAAAAACAAUUUAGUGAGGGUCGGCUCAGUAUGA